AUGAUACUGCUAAUUCUCGGACAAUUGAAAGACUUCAUCGGCCGUGCCGCCCUCGUCGAGCAACGCGAACGCGGCGUGAACAAGCGCUUCGUGCAGCUGCUGGUCGAUCGCCAUGAUAUGGAGACGGAUCCGUGGCCGCAGGGAGGAGAAACGCUUUUCAGAGACGGAAAGCCGGUCGGCUACACGACAAGUGCUGCCUACGGCUUCACCCUGGGCUGUCAGGUAUGUAUUGCCGUCGUCGAGAACAAGGAAGUUCGGCAUGACCCCGAAUACGUGCUGAAGGGACGCUACGAACUCGACAUUGCCGGCAAAAAGUUCCCGGUGCGGCUGAAUCUACACUCCCCCAACUUGCCGAUGGUGAGCAGCGAUCACCCGACCCACUACCGACCCACCCAACAAGAC